ACCUUUCUCCCACUUCAGGUGCAUCAUGAUUCACCGUUCCGAACAUUCCAGGAAAGUGUGAAAAUCGUUGACCUUGGGCCGAGUCGCUGAAAUCCAUUGAUCGACCAGGCCAUUGACUCCCGUGAUAUUUUAUUUUUAUAUUCUGUGAGAAACGUCUGUGGUUCCCGAAAAAAGAGAGGCUAGCUAGCCCUAGGCUUAGUCGACCAAACAUGCCUUUAUUUGGAAGGAGUCAAAAGAGCCCUUCAGAGGUUGUGAAGGCAUUGAAGGAAGCUCUCAGCGCAUUGGAGAGGGGUGACAAAAAAGUCGAGAAAGCUCAAGAAGAUGUGACAAAAAACCUUGGUGUGAUGAAAUCUAUGCUGUUUGGAAGUUCUGAAGCAGAGCCACAGAAUGAUAUCUUGGUCGCUACCCUUUCUCAGGAACUUUACAGCUCCAAUCUUCUUCUACUUCUCAUUCAAAAUCUUCAUCGCAUAGAAUUCGAGAGCAAGAAGGAUGCAGCACAGAUCUUCAACAAUGUCCUUAGACGGCAGAUUGGAACCCGUACACCCACGGUCGAGCACAUCUGCUCGAGACCUGAGAUUCUCUUCACCCUCAUGCAUGGGUAUGAGCAGCAGGAAAUCGCACUCAACUGCGGAACAAUGUUGCGUGAGUGCUGCCGUUAUGAGGCCUUAUGCAAGAUCAUCCUCUAUUCUGAUGAUUUCUACAACUUUUUCAAGUAUGUAGAAGUUUCAACAUUUGACAUUGCAUCUGAUGCCUUCUCCACUUUCAAAGAAUUGUUGACACGACACAAGAUGCUGAGUGCAGAUUUCCUCGAAAACAAUUAUGAGCGUGUGUUCUCACACUAUCAAGGCCUGUUGAAUUCAGAGAACUACGUGACACGUCGACAGAGCCUGAAACUACUUGGCGAACUUCUCCUUGACAGACACAACUUUUCUGUCAUGACUCGAUACAUUUCCAAUCCAGAGAAUCUGAAACUCAUGAUGAACAUGCUGAAGGAAAAAUCCAAGAACAUCCAGUUCGAAGCGUUCCAUGUCUUCAAGGUGUUUGUGGCAAAUCCGAACAAGCCUAAGCCUAUACUGGACAUUCUGCUGCGGAAUCAAGACAAGCUUGUGGAGUUCCUGAGCAAGUUUCACACUGACCGGAGCGAGGACGAGCAGUUCAACGAUGAGAAGGCCUACCUCAUCAAGCAGAUAAAGGAGUUGAAGCCGCCCCCACAGGAUUUGAAGCUGGAGGCAACUCACUGAACUGCGCCAUGGACUUGUAGUCUUGUUCUCUCUUUCUCUUCAUCUCGUCUUCCAGCAUCUCUGAUCCCCUCCCUUGGCUCUCAAGGUAUUCAAAUUGUAAAGUCCCAUGUGAGAGAGAGAGUGAGAGAGAGAGAGAAAAAGAAGAGAUGCUUACGAACAUGAUAUCACACGUACCAAUAUGCACUCUGCAGAUGCACUCACUUGCCGUCGUGGAAUGAAGUCUAGGCAAAAGCAAGCUGCAUGAAAGGAACAGAAAAAGAAUAAAUUCCACUUUCUAUG